UAAUAAUAAAAUGGAAGAUAUGGCCAAAGCUAUCGAAGAAGAGAACAUCAAAAAAAUCAGGACACUACAGUUUUCUGUCUUAUAAUCUCUCCCUUGCUUCAAAUUUUAAUGUUGAAAAUAAAAUUUAUCAACUUCUAUUAUAAUUACAUCAAAAUUCUUGAACAAGAAGCUAUUGCUUCGACUGAAGAUAAUUAGUCGUCUAUAUCUCUUUCAAAUCUGUUUGAUACUUACUAAGAUAGCAUUUACUUCUAAAACAUCAGACUUUAGAUUUAUUUAUGUUCCAAUUAACAUUCCUUUAUUCCUCUAUUCCUCUAUCUCUAACUUUCUGACGAAUUCUGACAUUUACCCAACUCCUUUGUUAAUCUUUAAUUGUGCAGUCUAGAGAAGUUUAUCCUGGCCAAAACUAAGAAACGAGAUAUCACCAUAUGACAGAGCAUUUUCUAUAAUAUUUUUGCAUAUGAAAAAGAAAUUAAGUCAUUGGAAUCGGACUCUGAAGAAAUUUCGAGGAAAAAUCAUCUUUCCAUUAAUUUGAAUGAUCUUAGAAUUGUGACUUUUGUAAAAAAUUUGAAGAAUCUCAAAUCCUUUGAUACAAAUGAGAUUGAUUUUUACCAUGUUGAUUCUAAAAAUAAAGAUUUUAUAGACUUUUUAGAAUUCUCAUUCCCAAAUAAAACUAAUGAGCUUGGCUUUCAACCCUGGAAUCAAAUGAAAUUGAAUAGAUCCAAUUAUACCUAAAUCCCUGAUCAGGCUCAGUUUUAAAGUCCUUAAAGAAGCAACAUUCGAUACUUUCUCAAUUGGUCUGCCCCAAGUAAAGAGGCUGGUUGCAGCUUACAAGCAUGUGGGAGCUCUUAUUUUUAAAUACUGCAUUUUUUCUAUUCCAAGUGUUCCAGAUUUUUCAAAGGCUCUCACAAACUGCCAACUACAGAAACUAGUCUUCUUAGGAUCAGAUUUCUCUAAUUCCAGUGACGAAUCAAACACCCUUAGCCAGUUCAAGAACUUAGUACAAGGGCUAGCAAGUUCUUCAGAUUUAAGACUGAGUCUCAAAGAAGUAAAAAUCAAUUUCUGGGGAAUAAGCCACAAUGAAGUUAAACAAUUUUUUGAAAAGAACCAACUUGGAGAUGUUAAAAUAAUUAGUGACUAAUAAAUUUGGGUGA